AUGAGUAUCGAUGAUCAAGAAAAAAAUAUCCAAAGAACGAAAAAUGAAAUUUCAAAACUCCGGAAAUACAUGGAUUCUAAAAUGAACCAAAAAUUKUUGCUGCACCAACGGAUGGUGACCAAUUACCAGCGAAUGAUGGACGAGUGCGUCGUGUACGAGAAGGAAUUGGAAAAGAUUCGCUCGGAAAACGCACGUUACAAGUUAGUCGGACAGUGCCUGAUGAACAAGGUCGUAGAACUAACCGGUUGCAAGUUCGCAAAUAGUUUGACUGGAUCCRGCAAAGACGACGACGAAGCAACUCACCUAAACUUGGAAGUGUGCAGCAACAAACUGUUGGCCGAGCUGGCGGCAAACAGGGAACAGGCCGAGGCGGCGUCCAGAAAAUUGGCCAAAGCCAGAGACCGACUGGCCAACGAGACCGAGACGGAGGAGUGCUUGAAGCGGUGCGCAAACAACUUGACGGUGCUCGCCGAAGCUGACCGGACGAGGCGGGACUGCGAAGAGGCGGAGUUGCGGACGGUGGCCAAGCGACUGACGUCCGAGCUGGGGGUGGCGCGGUGCGACGCGGACCGGUUGCGRACGGCCGUGGAACAGCUGAUGUCGGACGCGGMGAUGGGUUGCGAACCGGUCACGCGCAKCAGCGAAGGGCUGCGCGAGGACAACAUCCGGUUGCAGRCCGACCUGAGAGCCAACACGGCGGUAGAGGCCAAGCUUCGCGCCAGGAUUGCCCAAUUGGAGACGGCGAUACAGCACACUUGCUAGCCGA